AUAAAAUCAACGGCCGCCAAAGAAUCAGCUUCAUCAGCGGGUUAAAUUCUAGAAAGGAGUUUGUCCACAGUGAUUGAACUAUUUAACAACUUUAUAUAGAAAAGCUGAAAUAAAAUAUAAACAGUUUCAAGUGACUUUAUCAUAAAAAUUCAAAGAGAGUGUGGAAAUUUGUGUGGUUUUUUGGGCUCUGCAAGGACCCUUGGAUUACCUUGCGGGGCGAGUGGAAUCGGGAGCUAUACCUUUGCCGGCGGAUGCCAUUGGAGUGACGGCGAAAUAAACCAGCAGGAAAUCGAAGGAGCCUGCAACAAGGAGAUAGUUGCUGCAACAACCGGGAUCAAAUAAGGGAUUAUAGCUGCAGCCCCUAGCCCGUUAAGUGCUUCAAAGCGAAGGAAUAAAAGGAAAAAAUAAAGGUCGGCUUCACCACCCACGGCCACAUUUUUUCGGGCAGUGCAUAUAUUUUUAAGCCAACAACCAAGACCGCAAGGACGCCGCCAACGGUGAGCAGCGGUUGAAGCGGCGCUGCAGCCGCAGAAAAUGGCCGCAUACACAAGUGCAGCGGCGAUAACAAUAGCAGCAGCGACUGCAGCAGCAGCAACAUGAAUGAAACCUGCAGCAACUGCAGCAGCAACAUUCCACGACACCGCCGAUGAUGAUGCAGAUGAUGAUGAUGAUGAUGACGAUGCUGAUGAUGCAGACGACGAUUACGAUGAUGACGACGUUGCCGAGUUGCAGUUUCAAGAGCCACAACACAAUGCCAAGUGCCAACAACAAGCUGAGCGAAGGGGGAAAUUAAGUGCCAAAGGCAACCGCAGCAACAUAGCAACAGCAACAGCAGCAGCAGCAGCAGCAACAGCGAAAAGAUUUUUCUCCAGCCAAACUGAAUCUAAACUAAAUUUGCAUAACAAAACACGUGCAGCGAGCACAGAAGUAAAAUCUCCAUUUCCCAGAAGCGUAGUCAAUAAGGAGGCAGCAACAGCAGCAACUGUAGCAAUAUAGCCAGCUGCAACAUGCCCGGCAGCAACAUGUCGCUCUCACUGGGCGUUCGUGGGCGUGGCGCCCUCUGGUUGGCGCUCCUGCUGGCCACCACUGCAUUCUGCGGUGCUGCCUGGGCGGCGCCCACAGUGGGUGGUGCUGCGUCAGCGCCGGUGGUGGGGCAGAAACAGUCACACCACCAUUACCACCACUUGGAAAUCGGAGUGCAGGGCAAUACGCCAACGCUGAUGGAGGCAAGCACCACCAGAGAUGGGAAACAUGCCACAGUGGCCAUCACUGAGGCACCACCAAAGCCCAGCACCACCGCCACAAGCACUACCACCACCACCACCACCGAGAUGGCAAGAGCCACAGAUAAACCAGUGGUGGCCGAAGAGGUGCCAAGCGCCGAGACAAAAGCAUCUGCAAUCAGAAGCACCACUGAAAGUAGCACCACUGGGAAAAACAGAAACACUGAGAUCAGCAGCACCACUGAGAAACCAAAUGCAAUCAAUGAAACACUAAGAAGUUCUGUCAUAGAGAGAACCACAACAACAGUAGCAACAGCACCAGCAAGCAAGGAAACUAAUACAGAAGAUUUGAAAGUGGUGCGGCUAUUAGACUUGGAGCACACUGUGGCACCACCGUUGGACAGUGGUCACGAUGGCCGCAAGCUGACCAAGAAGAAGCAGCUGCUGGAGCAGCACUUUCCCACCACAACGGUGGCCACCACCACCAUUGAAACGGAAAUGGAAAGGAUACCCACAACCAGCAGCAGCACCACCAACGCACCACCGCUCCCGUUCACAUUCCCGCCGCUGCGACCCUCUAACCUUGCCUUUCUGGAAGCGAUAUUUUCCACGCCACCACCCGUGACCACUGACCUCGCAGGAAUCAAAUCAACUAGGACACCACCGACCCCAUCCACGUUAGCGCCACCGCACCAUGGCUACUUGGGACCGAUAUUUAUGGGCGAGAGAACCAUCGGUGUGGUGCAUCCGCUGAAGAAACCACAGCCGGCGAGCCACCAGCACGUCGCUUCGAUUGAGAGCCAGCUGCGAAAUGGCCGUUUGGUGGAGAUUCUGGCGCCCACGGCGCUGCUCGAGCAGAUUCCCGAGCCCAGCACCACCCACGCACCACCACAGCUGGGAGCUGCAUCGGUGCUGUCCACCACCGUUUUCCAAGUGCCCGAGGUGCAGACCAGCACCACCCGUCUGCCCACAAGCAAUAGCAAUGAAAAUAAUGUCGCUGGUGGUGCCGAGGUGGUUGCACCACCACGCACCGAGUCCAAGAUCUCGGACAUUCAGAUCGAGGUGUACGAUUCCACGGUGGACUCCAUAGUGGCUUCGACGAAUUUCCGCGACAACGAAGGCUUCUAUGCACCACCGCAGACCCAUGUGGAAAUUGGCACCACCAAGCCGCCGCAUGAGAUGCAGUUGCCGCAGGAGCGGUUCACCCAGUAUGUCAUCGAUCGCGCGGAUGUGUCCACCCAGCCGGCAUCGGGUGGUGUCGCUGGUUCAGGUGGGUCUGGUGGUGCAGCGAUGGGCAAGCCAGAGCCGGCGGCCAUCGAAAUCCACAUCAAUGUGUCCGAGGCAUUUGGCAGCGAAAGCGAGGAUCUGGAGUUCUCCUAUCGGCAGCCCUCGUUGUCGGCCGAUAAGCCGGGCAAGUCCGGCGAUGAGAUUUUGGUAGUUGAGAUCAUCGACAGUGGUGCGGACAAUAGCAGCUCGGAGUCGGGCGGCUCAUCCUCCUCAGCGAGCGGGGAGCACAUCAAUCCGAUCUUCACCUUCCGCAACUCGGAUGCGGCGGCUGCACCACCACCCCCCGUUCGUCCGCCGCAGUCCGUUCAGGAUGCUGACGAGCUAUUCAUGGCCGAUCUGAAGGACGGCGGUGGUGGUGCAGUGCCACGCCCACCGCCUCCACCACCGCCACCACCACCGCGAAAGCCCAGCAUCGAUCGAGAUUCGGACACGAUCUUUUACAUUUCGAACACCGAAGUCAAAGUUGGUGAAUCGCUGCCGACAAUGGUGCCAGUGGGUGAGCAGCAGCGCAAGUUCCAGCUGGAGAACCAGUUCUUCCCCGCCAGCUAUGUGAUGGAUUCACAGCAGCAACAGUUGCAAUCACAGCAGGCGCAGCAGGCAGAUGAGGACAUCAUACUAUCGCCACUGCACCACAAUGCGGAUGGAUUGAAGAUCUUCCGCAGCUCCUCGUCGAGCAGUGGCGAUGGAGCACCACCGCUAGACGUGACCUAUGUGGGUGAGUCGGUCAUCGAGGUGGAGCAACAGCCGCAGGGUUGGAGCAGCACUUUGCCACCAGGACAACAGCAGCAGCAGGACAUCGUUAUCCAGCCGGCAGUGCUGCCGGACUUGGCCAUUGGGGUGCCCGUCAUCGGGGAACUUCCACCGCAGAUCGAGCUCAAGGAGAUCGACUACAUGCCCGGCGAGCUGGGAAUGGGUCAGAACGGAAUUGGUAUCUACGAGAACGACAUCCAGAGCAACAGCAUCGACAGCGAACCGGAUGUGGUCGAGAGUUCCAUCCAGUACGGUGGAGAUCUAAUUGACGAUGGAGCCGGCGGUGGCUUUGAUGGCGUUGAGGGUUCCUAUCCCUUCGACAGCCCCGCGCACCGCCAGCAGCAGGUGGGCCUGAGCCACCAGCCCCAUCGCCAGUCCGCCAACCAUUUGCACCGCGAACAGCUCCCUGUUGCGGAAAUGGUCAAUGCCACGCUCCUCCAGCGAUAUGACAGUGGGUCUGGAUCGGGAUCCGGUUCAGGAUCGGGAUCGGGGUCUGCAUCGGCAAUGGCUCCUCUGCUCGCAAGUGGAAGUAGCCGUUCUGGAAAUGCCACCGCUCUCUCGGAAGAUCCUUUGGCUGACUACGACGGAUUCUUUAAUCUUUUUGCUGUUUCCAUGGGCCUCAUCAUUGUCAUCCUACCCUCAGCUCUUUUGGUAUCUAUGUACUGCGCUAUAAAGUAUGUGCUCAGCAAGAACUCAGGAGCGGGCACGGGUGGCGCCCACGGCGAUGACAGCGAACAGGGCCAGGACUCCAAGCACGAGGACAUUUCACGAAACGCCCGAGAGACAAAAAUGCAUACAGACAAGGAUGGUGUCUUCGUGGUGGAGGUGGCCCGAGGCAUCGACUCCAAGCAGCUGACCGGCGAUCAUUCCGGCGUGACCUUGGACGCCACCGAACUGCCCUUCGACAACAAACUGGCGCCCAACGGUGGUCAUUUGCUUGAAAAGACUCUGCCCAGCCACGAACAGGUGCAGAUUCAUGCACCGCCCCAGGACUUCGCCACUGGCCAUCCUGCCCCUCUGCAUCUCAUCGAGGAGGCCGAGGAGCACGUCGCCGAGGAUCUGAGUCAGCAGGCAGUCGAAACUCCCUCUAACUUGGCACGCACUGGACUCUCGCAAUCGGAUCUCAGCUCGACUUCGUCCAGUGACUCCAACAAGCGUUACUCGUACGGCAACCAGGAGCUAUAUGUUAUCGAGCAGCCGGGCUAUGCCACCAGUUCACCCACAGCAAAGCCCAUUUUGAUAAGUCCAAAUCAAAAUCCAGGCCAGGAUCUGGAACAGAAGUCACAGCUAUCCACCAGUACUGAACAAACCGAAAUUGAUUCAAGCCAAGGAAAUAAAAAGUUAGAUGAAGAAGUUGCUAGGCAAGCAGAGGCGGUGAAAGAGGUUAUUUCGGAAAAGGAGGUAGCCAAUCCUCCCCAGAAAGAGGUAGAUACUCCACCUGAAUAUGAGGUGAAGGCCACUCCGAUAGAGGCGGUAGAUGUAAAACAAGAAGAGCCAGUUGUUCCGGAAAAGUUGACAGCGGUUCAACCUAUAGAGGAGGAAGUGGUUUCACGCAAUGAGGAAGAGGUUCCACCAAAAGAAGAAUUGCCUCCGCCAACAGUUGAAGUGUCUCCACCAAAGGAAGAUCAAGUUCCGAUUGAGAAUGAGGUGCAGGAGCAGGAGGAGAAACCAGACAACCAAGUUGAAGUCCAAACCGAGUCAAGCCCAGAUCCCACUGAUACGAACGCAAAGUUACCAGAUGAAUCCCUGAAACUAGAGGAGACAGUGGAAAUCCAAAACGAACCGGAGGCCGAGAGCAACUAUGACAGUCUGAUGAGCCUGCCGGCGCCACCAUCCACGGAGGAGAUCAAGGAGCUGGGCGACUACGCGCUCAUGGAGUCCAACCAGUUGGACAGCCUGCCACCACCACCACCGCCACUCCAAGAUGUCCCCAGCACUCCGCCUGCGAGCGGGAGGCCUGCUGCCAUCAAUGUCAGCAAUGAGAAUGGGACUGGCAAGGUGUCGGUGGUGAUCACCGGCGGCGGACUAGUUGGUGGUGGGGCCGAGGAGCCCUCCACCCUGACACCACCCGCCUCGCCGCCCGCCACUCCACCACCAUCGCAGACUUCGACGCAGUACGCUAGCAAUGGACUCACCAAUGGCAUCCAUGCCCUGGCCGUGGUCGAUGUGAACGGCAGUUAAGAAAGGCCAGGUGAGAUGGGCAAAUAAGUAUAUAUGUUUUUUUUUUCAUCGGAUCUCGAAGAGAUCAGCCCGGGUGGCGAUAUUAACUAUUCCACGAGGAGAAGGCUAGCUUGUAAGGAUUACUAGGAGUACUGAAACCCCAAAUAGGGAAAACAUGAAAUGUGGCAAAAACGUUCUCAACCAAAAACUUAAAUUUAAAUAUACACUAAAUAGAGAGAAACUUUUUCCACUUACUGUUUGUUGAUUUUCGAAUAUAACGAAUAAUAACAAUUAAAUGCGAUUAAUAUAAAUAUAAAUAUAAAUCAUAAUUAAUUGUUUGUCUAUUUGCGGCUGGCGGCCUCUCCCCCCACCUACCAUCCACCCACAACCACCCAUUCGACCCACUUCCCUCUCCAUUUCGGGGGGUCGGUGCGGCUAACGAGUAUUUCAAUGUCUAUAAAUCUACAAUAUAGCUAACAAAAAAUACAAAAAUAACAAGAAAAAAAAUAGUAUACAAAUGGAGAAGCAAAUACAAAUACAAAUACGAUAAAAUCUGCAUACGAACUACAUAUGAGUAUAUGAUAAAAGAAAUGCGAUACAUAGGCAAACAGAACAGAGCUAGGUGCGCCAAAAAGAGAGUAACUACCGAUAUGUAACGAUGCAUAAUUAAUUAGGCUAAUUAUUUACACACACAACAAUGCCAAAAAUGGUGAAUGGUAAACGGUGAAUGUCAAACCAGCAGCACCCGCAUAAAUGGCAUAAUUGUAGUAAAUUUAUUUGGGUUCGAUUGGAUGGCCAAUAAGAUCAAAGUGUGUCCUGUGUCCGGAUUCCCAUUGAGGUGUAGGUACAUAUAAAGAGUUUUAAUUAGCAGAAAUCCGAAAGGAAGUCCGAGUUGGUUUCAAAAACAUCAAUUGUUGUCUAGAGGGAUUAUAUUGAAAACGGAUUUUCGAUGAAAACAAAGUCAUUUUAGCUGAAUAUUCAGGGUCAACAUUGGAAAGUCCUACAAAAUUCCAACUUUUGCAUAUAUUUGAAUACAGUAUUCGGUGGAGCAAGUGGCUAGUUACAUAUUCCGGACAUAGGCACACCCAAAUAUCGUUGAUAUUUCGAUAUUCAGAUUUCGCAAAUAACACAAUUCACAUGACAAAAUCAAAUGUGCCGAACUUUUGUAGCAAGCCAACAUAAUUUACAAAGAGAAACGAACAAUUUAUACAAUGCCAAUACGGUGAUUACAGCAUAAUAUAUGUAACCUUUUAAACGAUAAUCUAGUCAUAGUCCUAGUCUAUAUAACAUAUGUGUAUGUAUAUUUUUUUCGUGUGUGUGUAUGCAGAAAUUAGGCGAAUCGAGGACUUCAACUCUAAGCAAAUGAGAACUAAAUGGCUAACGAUAGAAAUAAGACGAGAGAUAGUAAACUAGAUAAACGCAGAUCGUGAACAUUUCCGAUAUUAUUGCUCCACAUUAAUGGUAUACACACAUAUAUACAGCAUAUAGAAGAAAACUUAACUCUUUGAAAUAAAUUCUUAGAUGUUAAGCCGAACGGAAUAAUAAAGUAAAACCCAAAAUCCGUGCACUGCAAGUGGCGUGUUUUAGUGUAAGUAGUAGGAAUUAUCUAUGCCCCGGAUAUAUAGUGAUGGGGUCGUUUAUAGGUGGAACAUAAUCCCUGGCUAACGAUUUAACCACUUUUGUUGUUUAUGUUUGUUCCAAUUGUUUUAUUGACAAUUAAGCCCGAUGGUCGAGCGAGCGGGGAUGCCAAUGAGAAAAUAUUAUGAAUAUUACAAAAUGAAUAGCCCAAAAACGAAACACUAAUCGUAAAUGAAAUAUAAAAGUUAGGAAAAGCGUGCAGACAUUUUUUUUGGCGGGUCGAACGAAAACAAAAGAAAUAAGUAAAUGUGAUUGUUAUUUAACCUUAAGUUAUUAUUAAAAUCGAUCUUAAACUGAUAUGUGUGUAUGUGCGUGUGAAUUAAAGCAAGUAGCAAGCCAAAUGGAACGAAGCGAAACAGAACGAAACGAAACGAAUGGCAAUGGAACGCUCAAAAGCAAGCGAUAAACGAUAAGCUAUUACCGAUUAACGAUAGCUGGCAACUAGGCGAGUUUCAGGCCCUGCUAAAAGAAAAACAAGAAGAAAAACGGGGACUCACCCGAAAUAAAUUCAAAUGAAAUUCAACAUUAAGAACAAUGGCGAACCGAAACCAAACGAGAAAUACACACAGAA